AUGAGACAAUCAAGGCGCCCACAGUUGCCUCGGAACAUCCAUGAAAUCUCAGAAAUGCUGAGCGACCCCCGAAAUGCAAAUUACGCUUCUACAUUCCAAAUUCCUUCCUCAGCAUUUUUCAAUCAAGAAUUGAUUGUAAAUGGAGUAAGUGUAGGUUUAAUUUUUGCAAACAUUUCUGCAAUUGAAAAAUACCGUCAAGAGUUGGCUACAGUAGAGAUGGUUGGAAUAAAUGGUACAUAUAAGACAGUUCUUUCAGUGCCAGGGGACUUGCGAUGUUUUCUGACAUUUCAAGUACUCUACAGAAGCGUAGCAUUCCCAAUGGUCUAUGUCCUUUUGGGGAGUGAGACGGAAGAAACAUACUCUGUGUUAUUCACUGUCAUACUCAAUAUUCUACCACUGAAUUAUGACAGAAUCCGUUUUGUAACUGAUUAUGAGCGUGCUCUUAUGAAUGCUGUCCAACGAAUAUUUCCAAACAGUGAAUUGCUCUGCUGCUGGUUCAGUUUUUCACAAAAGUUGUUCGAUAUUGUCACCGAAAAGUUAAUGGUGUCUUGA